UCUGCUCAAAAUAUCUUACUCAAAGGGCAUACAAAAUUCGGCAUGCCGAAGAUAGGUUGUGAAAUUCCGAAAUGAGUCAGCGCACUAAUCGGCGCAACCUGCAUUUCGCAUUGUCUCCGCCACGAUGAAGGUUCUGUUUGUGUGCAUAGGCAACACCUGUCGCUCGCCCAUGGCGGAGGCUGUACUGAACCAUUUGAUGGUGAAACAACAACUGCAGGACUGGCAAACGGACAGUGCGGGCCUCAGGGAUUGGAAUGUGGGCCUAGAGCCACAGGGACGUGGCCUGCAGCUGCUGCAGCAGCAUGGCUUAAAGUCAAAACACUUGAGUCGAAUGAUAACGACGCAAGACUUUUACGAAUUCGAUUACAUUCUGGGCAUGGACAACAGCAACCUGUCGGAGCUGCGCCAAAUGGCAGCAAGCCUGGAGCCCCCACCGCAGUGUAAGAUAAUGCUGCUGGGCAGCUUUCUGGGCCGCAAGGAAGAUGAGAUCAUUGAGGAUCCAUAUUUUACCCAAGGCAUGAGUGGCUUUCAUGCUGCCUAUUUGCAGAUUCGGGAGAGCUGCGAACGCUUUGUUCAGCAGCACACAGGAAAGGCUGCCUCUCCAUAAAGACAGUCGAUACCCCAUACAAGUCAGAGGCCUAGCAGGCCGCAUUAAAUAUCCAAGAGAAAAAACAGUACGCCCUAUUUUGAAGUUUAAUUCAAAAAUGUUCUGCCAUUAGAAGACACUGCCCUGCAGCACUUUGUCGAUGAAGCGAGACCAUGUCAGCUCUAGGAUUUGGUAGGCUCGCUUCUGUUCCUCCUCUGUGAGCAGGGAGUACCGCACCGAAUUCCACACCAGACUCUUGAGCACACGCAGUCCAGCAUUGUUGGGCGCGAGACUCAUGAUGGCAUAGUAGAAGUCGUAGCUCAAUGCCUUGGCGUUCCAGAAGCCCGGAUCAUCGUUGCAUAUUACCAGCGGUACGUCCAGCGCCAUGUACUGGGCGCCCGGAUGGUUGCGCAUAUCCCAUACCAAGUGCAGCACCUGAUUCGAGAUGGGGCUCACCUCGACGGCUAUCUGGCGCGUCUUGACCGCAUUCAGGAGUAUCGGAUGCUUGGCCAGCGCAUAACCAUGUCCGAUGCGCGUGCUAUUGAGCAGAAGCGCAUCCAGCAGAUUGAUGUCCGUGGAGGCCCCAAACCAGUCUGAAAUGAGGCAUUGGUUAGCUUGAACCCUUGUGCACCUGCGAACCACUUACUUGUCUCUCCUGCGUGUAGAAAGAAGUGUGCCGUGGGCGGCAGGUCCCUUAAGGCAGGCAAUAAAGCAUACAAUGGCUUGCC